AGCUUACUUAGUUCCCCUUCCUAGUGAAGGAACAAGGCAGAUUUCUUUUGUUCGUUGUAUGUUGCUCCCAUCUCGCCAGAACCACUUUGAUACUCAACCCCCUUUCUAUCGUCGUGCCAGCUUCAGCUCAAGGCCAUAAUGUCUCUCAAUCCGAUCUCGUCAAUUGCCCUUCAAACCGCCGUGGUGGUGACUACAAUCGGAUUUACCCCAGCUCGGUCGAGUUUGCGGCCUGGUGCCCUGGUCCUCGUCGGUCUCUGUACCGGCCACUGUCUCUCAACGGCACUUCCGUGCUUCAUUCGCACACCCUGGGCCAGCCUCGCAGGCGGCUACUCGGUGAUGCUCUUGUUCCAUUAUGUUGAUAUCGCUUUGCUGACAGGAUGGGAAUUCCCGUCUGGCAAGCAUCCCAACACUAACCCCGUUAACUCGUUAUCACGAGGGGAUUCCUGGGUCGAUCGAUUGCGUUUUGGCAUCUGGGCGUCCUUCAACGCGCGAUGCAUUGGGACCUCCGAGCAAGUGCGCAACGUCCCGGCGUCUCGCGACCAGGACCGAGCUGCAUUCCUUUGUCGAACCGCUGGGUUCAUACUCCUCAGCUACGUCGGUCUUGAUAUCCUUGGGUCGAUGGGGGAUCCAGAGUUGGGGUCACGCUUUCUAGUCGCAUCUCGGGUGCCUUUCAUUCGACGCCUACCUGAGAUUACUGCGGAAGAGAUAGUAAUUCGGGUGUUUUCCACUAUCGCGGCUGGGAUCGGCCUUUUAUGCAGCCAGGGUGGUUUUUAUCAUCUGUUUGCAUUUACUAGUGUGCUUUUAAGAGUCAAUGAGCCGCGAGAUUGGCCUCCCUUCUACGGAUCGCUAUCGGAUGCGUAUAGUCUGCGAAGGCUAUGGGGUCAUGUCUGGCACCAGUCCAAUACUCACAAAUUCCGCGCCAUUGCCCGGUUUAUUGUCCAGGAUAUUUUUCGCCUGCCCAUGCGGAAAUCCGCGUCUCAAUAUGCAAAGGUCAUGAUGGUCUUUGCGGCCUCGGCCUUCAUGCACCUUCUCAUUGAUAUAUCGGCGGGGCUAUCAAUCUAUAGCUCCGGGGCCGUGCAAUUCUUCUGCACUCAAGCACUCGGCGUCUUUGUGGAAGACCUGGUAGUUAAUGCUUAUUGUGCUUUGCGAGGUGUUCCCCGUAAUCGAGCGGCGUCACGGGUAGAACGCGUCAUUGGAUUCCUCUGGGUGGGAAGUUUCCAAGCCUGGUCGCUGCCUGCGUAUCUGUAUCCAAUGUUGUAUCGAACUAACAUGGGUCUCGACGAUUCUGUGGCUCCAGUGAGCAUCAUUGGACUGCUGCGGUCAUUAAUCGCUGUUGCUUAACCGACCCUGCCGUUCC